AUGAGUGACUCUUUAAACCCCCCUCUCUCGUACGAGGCCUCUGCCACAACUACUCAUCGCCAUGUUGCAACUACCCUCCCGCCGGAGGUCUCGUCGUGCCUCAAAAACACCCGCUUCGUAUUGACCCAUCUUACCUGUCUGCUAAUACCAACGCUUUUUAUACAGCUCCAUCUAGCAACAUGUGAUGGCCUUACUCCCCACAUUUCUCUCAUGUCCUAUACGUACUUAGCCUCCACGCCUUUCGAUCCGUACCCCACAAUCAUCAUGACGACCAAUUCAUCUUCGCGAAAGACCACCCACUUGCAAACCAACCCACGAGUCUCACUUUUAGUACAUGACUGGGUGUCACACCGUCCGCCUACCCGAGCGCCGAAUCCUGAGGCUACUCGCGACGGCUCGCCACCACCCGCGGCAACCCGGUCAUCUCUGGCUAGUCUACUUCUGAAUUUAAAUACGAGUGCUUUAUCCAGCAUCUCUACCACAAUCACGGGGGAGGCGCGAUUUUUGGAUUCUGGUUCCGAAGAAGAGACGUGGUGUAAAGAGAGGCACUUGGAAAACAAUACGUUCGAGGAAGAAAUGAGCACGUUUGGCCAAGCACAACAGCCUGGACAGCGUCGACCCAGUAUUUCUAUCGACGAUGAUGUCCGGGUUGUCACCGUCCGAGUACGUGAAGGCAGGCUUGCUGACUGGAAGGGAGGUGUGAGGGACUGGCUUGUUGUUCCGGAGGGAGGAGAAACCAUGCGGCUCGCCCACCUCCACUUCCCCGGCAUAACCUCCUUCACCCGCGUCGCAAACCUCCAACAGUCCCUCACAACCCGUCUCCUCACACACAAGAAGCUUGUCCAGUCCCCCAACGCCUCAACACCACUACCACCUGACCCAACGAUAAUAACUUUCACCCCGAACCCAGUUUACACAACUGGCCGCCGCGACCUCCCGCCAUCAAACACCUCGCCUUCCGCCUCAAAAACUCUUUCCCUACCUCCCGAUCUUGAGCCGAUACGCUCUCUUUUCUCCAAAAAAUCACAGCAUAAUAAUGACUCCCCGAUAGCAGAAUAUCAUCCAACCCUGCGGGGUGGGCAGACAACGUACCAUGGGCCUGGGCAAAUGGUUGCAUACACCAUUCUCGAUCUACGGCGACUAGGUCUAACGCCGCGGUGCCAUAUUCGGCUAUUGGAGAAUAGCGUUCUUGAUGUACUAGCGGGGUAUGGCAUUGAGGGGGCUAUAACUGAAGACCCAGGGGUUUGGGUGCCCUCCCGGUCAGGCAGUGAGCAGCUACCCAGAAAGAUCACAGCAGUUGGUGUUCAUUUGAGGAGGAAUAUCAGCAGCUACGGGCUAGGAUUUAAUGUCACGGAGGAGCCGAUGUGGUAUUUCCAGCAGAUAGUGGCGUGCGGGCUUGAAGGGAGGGAAGCGACAAGCUUGCAGGGGCAAGGAGUGAAUGGUGUCUCUGUUGAGGAGGUAGCCGGGAAGUUUGUUGAUGCGUUUGUGCGGAGGGUAAAUAGUGACUUUGCUUGCGGGGGGAGCGCUUCAGGGGAAAAUAUUGAUGAGGUUUACAGGGUGGAGGAAACGGACCUAGUAGAUUAA